AUGGAGGGCGCAGGAAAGUGGUUUGGGCCUUUGUCUAUAGAGAGGUGGAUGGGGGAGAUGUGCCCAAAAGUGGAUCAUGGUUACAAACUGGAGAGCCUCGGAAUCAAGAGCCUGGCAUUUACGGAACUGGAAGAGACCGGUUUCGCCAAAUGUGUUAAUGCUCGUUUGGGCGGUAGUUUGGCAAACCACGGGGUGAUCUGCCAAGACUCACGCGCCUGUUAUAAGGGUGUUGAGACUAUCGACGACCCCGGCUUUGUGGUACAGAAUAUUCCAGGAGUCUCUCUUCUACUACGCGAGACUGGGAGGAUAGUACAUGACGAAGCUGGCCUCCGUCACCUGCUCAGCGAUGUCGUGUUAUUCGGCGAGCUCAGGCUCAGGAGGGCAGGGGAUCCCUGCUUGCGCAUCACGUCCACCGAAGACCGUCUGAAGCUCGGAGAGCUGGAGUUCGACGCAGACGACUCUGAAUCGCUCGACACACGCCGUUACAUCUUGUCCUACGCCCGCGGCAUCUCGAUGAACAGCCCAAGGACGCAUCUCUUCGCUUUUGUGAUCGUUCGAGACUACGCGCGCCUUCUCUACAUGGACCAUAGCGGCGUCAUUUACUCUGAGCUGUUCAAGUGGUGCGAGACGGCGUAUCUCGGGGACCUCAUCCAGUGCUGUGCCUUCGCUCGCGAUUCGCAUCGCGGCAUUGACACCUCGGCUGUGCGGAUCGCGCAUGACGAUGCGCUAGUGAAAGAGGCGAAGAAGAUCUUCAAGCAGGCAAGGGAGGACGACGUCCUUCCUGACGAAGUCACCUGGAACUCUACGUUCCCGUCAAAUCAUCGGAUUUUCAACAACAACAACACGUAUUGGCUCUUCGACGUAUACGACGCGCCGUCAAACUCUUUUCAUCAGGUCCUCGCUUACCGUCCUAAUAUGAGCCACCCCUACUUCGUCGGCCGCGCUACUUGUGGCUACAUCGCGGUUGACCUCACCGAGCGCGCUGUCGCCUACAUGAAGCGCAGCUGGCGCCUUGCCGGAGGUCCCAUCGAACGCGAGACCUAUUUGGAGCUGGAAAGGGUAGAGAACGGGGGAAGUGUACCUCAUCUCCCCGGGUGUUACUUCGGCGGCGAUGUCCCUGAGGAUGCGAGCAUUCAUGCGAUGGACUACUUCAAGUGGGAGGAAACCGCUAGCGACGGCGAGUCUUGGCCUGCAAAGUAUGGGAUCACCAGCGUCCGCACGCGCGCGUCCGACUUCGCUGAGUGCAAUCGCGACAUCAUGAGGCGGGAAGGCGUCGAUGUUGACGACGUGCCGAAGGACCGUCAUAUCUUGACUGUCACUCUCUUCAGGAGAGUGGGGACUGCGCUUAGUAACUUCAAGAGCACGCGGCAGCUUUGUCUUGCUCUGCGCGACGCGAUGCAAGCACACGAAGGCGCCUAUCGCCUGAAGCACAUCCUUCACCGCGACAUCAGCGAGGGGAACAUUCUCAUCGCGAAAGUUCCCGGUAGGAAGGGCGAAACCGAAGGUCUUCUCAUAGACUGGGACUUCUGCACCAAGAUGAAGGAGGAACUUUCCCGCUCGUAUCAAACGGGAACCCGGCCCUUCAUGUCUCUGAGAGUGCUUAAGCACGAGGACAUCUUUCUCCACGAUAUCCGGGAUGAUCUGGAGUCGUUCUGUCAUGUCCUACACUUCGUUGUCCUCUGCAACAUACACACUCUUGCUCCGGAGCAGAUGAGCAGGCUGAUGGACGACGUAGUGUUCAUCACUUUCUCUCCAGCCAAACGCGACAGCAACGUUCAGGCCAGGGAGGACUAUCUCCGCGACGACGCUCGGGCGCAUAUGAAGAUGGCACUGGACGCUGUAGCACCCGCUGCAUUGUCCAAGCUCAUGUCGGAACUCCGCGGCCUCUUCGGUGCCGCGUACGAGCAGCCACCCGAUAGUCCCUCGGGUCUCCCUUCGGAUGCUACGGAGGAGGAAAGGGAGGACCGUCUGGAGGAGAUGGUACUGGAGCAUUCCAGGCGGGUUACGCGGGCCGAGCAUAACUUGACAUACGGGAAGGUGUUGAAGCGCUUCAACGAUCAGCUCGCCGACAAAAAGGGAUGGUUGUCGAACGAUCGUGCGCAGAACCAGUUCCCACAACACAUACGCCAGGCGCGGAGGAUCAACGGGCCAGUCGAGAAGUACUAUAGGGAGACUCAAGGGAUGUUCUUCGUCAUGACUUCUCGUGAAGUCGCGAGGCUUGAGGCGCGUCGGAAGCGCCAGGCCGAGGAGCUCGACGUCGUCGCCGACUCCGAGCCACCGCAUGGAUCUGAUGCCGACUUGGACCUUGUGGCGUCCGACAGCACUUUUGCGAGCGAUGAGGCGGUGGAAGGGGCGCGCAAGAGGCAGCGCUUGGUGAGCGAGGAAGUGUGA